AUGAAGCUGUCCCCUUUCGCCGGAGUUGAGGUCUCGAUCGACCCUUUGCAGUCUGACGACCACGUCUACACGUUGAUCCUAAAAGACCAACUUCUCCCCCGCAACCCAGUCAAUGGCCGCGAACAAUCUACCGUGUCCUGGGAACUUGACUUUGCAAAGAAAGACUGCAGUCCAGAAGGUAAUGCUGGGUCUCCCGCUGCCUUCAUUUUCAUUCCAUGGGACCACUUCAAGCCCACUUACCGUGGCAAACCAUGCAGCGACUCGAAGCCGCUGGACUUAAGCGACAUAAAACGGAUCAGCAUCAUGAUCAGAAGGUACGCUCACUGGUCUCUCAUAGUUGUUGAUGAGAGCUUACGGAUCAGUAGCUUCUUCGGCUCGCAACAAGGAGAUUUUCGCUUGCGAAUCAAGUCCAUCGCCGUGUGCUCCUCGCCACUUCUUGACGAUUGA